AUGGAGCAGAGCGCAGACGCCGCUUCUGGCGAUCCCGCGCAGUCCUCGGCCGCAGGUCCUCCCGAGCCGCCCUUGGAGCCGAACCAGUACGGGGAGGAUGCAGAGUGGUUGCAGCGGACAUUGGUGUACCAACCUCCUGUGCUGGAGACCGUGGAGCUCUCUCCCGGAGUUGCCAUCGUGGACUUGAACACUGGCAAGCAGAAGGUGGCCGAGGCUGAAGCGACCCGACCCAUGUCGCGGCAGGAAUACCUCGUUCUGACGCAGUCUCACAUCCGGUCGAAGCCUGUAGCGAAGGCCAUGCCUUCGCACGUAGAUGCCCGGGUCGUGGAGAUUCAGCGCCUCUUCCAAGCGAUGUCCUCGUCCUCGCCCCCCUCGCAUGCAGUGUCCUCGAAGUCCUCGCCGCGCUCCCCGCGUCGCCUCGGAGUGCCCUGCCGGCCGCUCUCCCCCAAGGGCUCAGCCGGCGAGGAGGCGGAGCGCUGCGCUGCUCAGAGCCCACGGACGGUGCCGGGCCCCAAGGACCGGGUCCUGGGUGGUACCAUCGUGGCCAACCGGGAGUUACUGAAGCAGUUCUUCGGAG